AUGCCAAUUGUACGAAUUGGACCAAAUUAUUCCUUCCUUCAAAAAUAUAAUGUUAAUGAUGAUAAAAAUCCAAUUUUUAUCAAUUCAACUCAUUUCACUGGUUAUAUUACCUUUCGUUUAAAAAAUCAUCAUUAUAAAGAUGAAAAUGUUACAAAAACUUGUACAUAUUUUGAAAAUCAUAGUCGAUUAUUUUCAAUACAAUUUCAAGGAAGAUUCAAGCCAACAAAUUCCAAUCGAUCAAAUCAUUUGUGGUCCUUUGAUGAUAUAUUUUUUUGUGCGGAAACUGAAGAGUCCACAAAUCCUCCCAUUGGAUCACAACUUGCAGUAAAAUUUGCACAAUUUAUUGAUCCAGGAUUUAUGGCAGAUAAAAUAUUCAAUUCAAAAAGACCUUGGUGUGGAAUGGGCCCUUGGGUUAAUUAUGGUAAAAAUUAUAUUAAAGAAGAUACAUCUCUCAUUCAUCACGAACAUGAAGAAAUCAGUUUAGAUUCUUCAAAACGUCGUUAUUACUUUUUAGAUCCUUCCAUACGUAAUUCUCACUUCUUUGAUCCUUCUCUUGUUUAUGCCUUUGAUUUUUUUAAUAACUUUAUAGAUUUUUCAAUGAUGAAUGCAAACAUGAUUAUUAAAUUUAGUAUUAAAAAAGUUCUUGUGAAUCAACCUCUUAGAUUUGUUUGUAGAAAUUACGACGGUGAUGCCAUUUUUUUCGUGAUUGAAAUUGAUUAUUCUGAUAUUUGUUAA